UGGACAUGACAAAGCCUAGCUUGGAGUCAUUAGUCACUAGAACCUUAAAUGCCUACAUGUAGGGAUGGUUGGGCUCCUCAAGCUAAUGAGGUUUAGACCAUGUUGAACCCUACAUUUGUUCUAUGGAAUAAUGUAUACUCCUUAUAUACCUGUGGCUCCAUCUUCAUCAUUAUCCUACUUAUCUGGCAAGUGAAACGGCAUUACCAUGGAUUGAGACUUGAACCUGAAAGGAGCUGCUGUUGGUGUCACCGAAAAGUCAGGCAAAGGAGAAGAGAUGCAGCAUCAAGAGCUAGGAGAUUUUCCCAGAAAGAAGCAGAGAAGCAGUGGGACCUACUCUCAAUCAUGAAAAGCCAGCACUGGCUUCCCCAACAGGAAAAUGUGCGGCAGCUCCUGUGUGCAGAUUCUUCUUGCCAAACCUGCAAUGCCAUGGCUCUGGAGAUUCAGCAGCUUCUGGAGGAUAAGAACCAGAUGUCCCCAACUUUCUCUGGACCAUCGCAGAGCUCUUCUUGCUUACAGGUGAUGUCCACAUCAACUGUGUCUUCUGAGCAGAAUCUAGAACCUCAUCCUCAGUUCUCCAGAGACCUUUCACUGACACCUGCAACCCCAACACAAUCACAACAAAUGCAACAAAAAUACUUAACCCAGACAGUUGCCCAGAAAACUAGUGCCAUCAAAAUACAAGAAUAUUUUGCUGAUCAUCUCCAGCUAGGGCAGGAAUUUCAACUGGCAAAUAUGUCCAUCGUCCAAGAGAGUAGGGCUUCUUCAAAGCUUGAGGAGCCUAUGGUUCCAGUAAAUGCUCAGGAGAUGAUACAAAAUAAACCCAACCUUAUCCAGGGGAACCAAGGCCACCACCACCUGAAGUCACUGAAUGCAGAGUUCACUAAUCUGACACAUCCUAUGAUCUUGAAUGUGGACUCAGUCCUCCCUGCCCACCUGCCAUUCUUCAGACCUCAAGUUUGGAGGCUUCUUGAAAGACAUGUAAAAAAAUGGAUGCAUUUCCAGAGGUGGGGGCUCCCUAGACGUGUGGAAGACUCUCUGAGACAGCUUGUGCCAGACCCAAUAUUGUUUGGCAAAAUUAGAAAAAACCUACAAUUUUCCUCCAUUCUGAAUAGUACUUCUAAGGUCACUUGUGACAAAAUUGGGACCAUUGUCCCACAUACCUGGGGUUCAUACAUAAGCAGAGAGCCCAUUCAGUCUAUCUGGGUUUCUGAGUGGUCUCUUAUAAAACCUCAACAAAGAUAUCAAUACCAGCAAGUCCAAAACCAUGAGACACUAGCCUUGUCCUCUCCACCUCUUGAAGUCUUAAGUGGCUUCUAUCUACCACCUGAGGGACAGACUAAUGACUCAGAAAACAAUCUGCACCAGAAAUACAGGCAGCUUUUCUGCGGCCACCCCUCUCUGCACAGUGAAUCCUUGUCAGACACAUUCUUGAGCUCUGAAGGCCUCUCCAAGAACAAGAAUAUAUCCAAGCCCCCACCGAAGGAUUCUCUUCCAUUCAAGGGACUCUCUACCCAUCCCUUGCUGCCCAAAACACCACCUGAGAUAAUCGUGCCUUCUUCUCCAUCUUCUCCAAAUUGUGUGUCUCCAGCUGAACAUCAACAAGCUCAUAUAGGUGUCCCAUUUCUGACUCCAGCUGAAUGUAAAGCCUUAGAAUGGCACCUGCUGCAGAGGCAGCCCCAGUUUCAGCGGGGCCUGCCAGCUGUCAUCCAGAGACCUCACUGUGCCUACAAUCCCAUGCAGUUUGAGCCACGUGACAAAGCCCAGGCUCCUGAGACUGAGAAAAUGUCCUGGCCAAGGAAGCCCAUCUCCGAGACACUACACUUCUUCCCAGAGCAUGCUCGCAGGCUGCUGGAAUUUCACUUCCAGAAGCAGUUGAUCCGCCUUCGCUGGGGCCUGCCCGAGAAGAUCCAGCAGUCCUUCCAGUUGCUCCUUUCCUCUGCUGAUCAGCAGGCUCUGUCCUGCAGCAGCACAACCCUACUCAAUGUGAGUAUCCCCCAAUGUCUGACCCUAAAGGACAAGGGGGAUGGCGACCCAGUCUCACCCAUACUGGCCCAAAUGUCAAUCCCUGUGCCACACUUGUUCACCCAGGCCAAGGCAAUACUGCAAAGCCAUAUUGACUCCAAAUGUGGUCAGAUCCACCAGGGCAAGGUCCCCUGCUGUGUGUAUAGCUCCUGGGAAGGCACAGUUCCUGGGGGCCUGGCAGUGGCUCCCUUCCCCUGCGUUCCACAAGGCCAGCCCCUGGAGCUGCAGGCAGCAAGCGACCCUGACCUACACAAUAAAGUUAUGCCAAUGGCCCACGAUCCUCAAAAACAGGCCUCAGCACGCACUGUCACCGAACACCCUAAGCUGCACCAAGCCCUAUCUCAAGGAACCAUUGAGAAACUGGAGAUGACUUUACGGCACAAGUAUCUCACCUUCCUGUCAGGACUGCCUGCUCUUUACUCUGUAGCUCUUUCUACAGCUAUGGCUCCAGCAGUCACUAGCCAAUCUGUAGCCACAGGGAUGGUGCCAGGGCCUAACGAAACCCCAAAGGAGCCACUGGCUCAGAUUAUCUCACUGAAAGACCCAAGUAGGAGGCUUGGGCCAUGCUUUCAAAACGGCGAUGAGACUUGGGCAGACAACGCAGAUUUUCAACCUGAGGUGCAGGUGGAAGGAAUAACAGAGUCAGUACCUCUGGAGAGCCAGACAAACCCUGCUGUCCCCUACUCAUUCAAGACACAUAUCUUGUCCAAGCUAAACUUCCACCUGAGAAAAAAGGUCCUAGAGAUAAAACUGGGAGUUCCCAUAAAGGAAAGGCAGUCCAGGAAACUAACUGCAGCGGGCCCACAGGACAAGUCCUCACAGCCGUCUCUUAGUAGUCUAAGCAAGCAAGGAAGCACAGUGCUCCAGGAACUGCCCAAUCCACCAGACGCUUCUCCUGCCCCAGAUUCAGAGUGGGUUCACCUUAAAGAACACCUGGCCUCUCAGCUGAAGCUGGGGCAGUGCAACCAAAAGCCAGCUAGUUCCAAAGCAGUACCCCCUGCUUCCACCCAUCGGCCCUCCAAGAUCUCGCAACCCAGCGGGGACAUGACUGAGGCCCAGGUGCUUUGUGUUCAGGUGGAGGCCAGUGUAAACAACCCCAGCCUGGAGCAACCCUGGAGCCUUGAGCCUCAAAGCCCAAGCAAGGGCAAGGGCUCAGCCCAAAUCCCCACACUGGCAGAAAAGAGAGAAGACCUAGCAAAACCCAAAGCAGCAGGGGACCUCAGAGAAGGGGACGCAAGGCUUGGGCUCUCUUUAACCAGUGCAGAAAGACACCCUGAUGAAAAUCAGGAGCCAGAAGAAAUGUUUCUGAACAGAAAACCCCAGGGUUCCUGGCGAUGGACGCGCAGCUGUCAUCUUGUGGAUCUCCAACAACACAGUUCCAGGUAUCAUCCUCAGCUUAAGCUUUCAGAGCCAUGUCCAGGUGUCCCUGGGGGAAAAGAAUCUGAGCAUGAUGUGCAAGACCAUCAAAGAAGCUUAAAUGUCCUCAAAUCUUCAGAGAUUCCUAAGAGUUUCCAUCCUGCAGCAGCCCAACCGUCACAGGGCCAGCCUUUCCUGGGCCAAGCAACUCAGCACAAGGCUUGGAAGGGCCAAAUUUUGCAAGGUCAGGAUUUUCAGGGGCAAGGGAUGCCACCCUAUUCUCACCAGAGUCUCAGCCUUCCAAAGUCUGGCUUGAUAAAUAAGAUGAAAUCCUUUCUGCACUGCAUCAGUGCCAUGACAAAAGGCAAAUGGCAUGUGGACCCCAUCUUCUCCGCACCUGGGAAUGUGGCCAAAACUGUAAAAGAAAAUGUUGAAAAGAGCCUGGCUCCAACCAAAAGCACCGUGGAGAAAGCUAAAACUGACACACCAAAGAGAUACCCCAAGAUCCAAUCACUCCCCACAGACAGGCCAGUAGGCCUGGCCUCGUUAGAUGUUUUCCAUUCCCCACACAAGAAGCUCCAGCUGUGCUCCCAACUACAUGGAUCUGUCUCCAUCUCAGGCCACCGCCAACACUGUCCUAGGCAUUGUCCUGGAGUGGCUGCGCCACCCAAUCAGGGAACCAACCCUCCCAUCUCUCAUCUCAGAAACGUGUCCUUACCCAAGAAGAACACCUAGGGAUUUGACUAAGAGUUUCUAGGCUUCCCAAUUUCUGUAUCCUUUGUAGAACUCUACUAUUGUCAUUUUCAUUAAUAAAC